UAGCAUUUGCAAACCAAAACCAAACACAUCAAAGGGAGAGAUAGAGAGAGAAAAUGGCAGGAAUUAUCCACAAAAUCGAGGAGAAACUUGGCAUGGGAGGAAACAAGGAUGGUGAGCACAAGGGUCAGAGUCACGACGAACACAAGAAGCCCGAUGAGCACAAGAAGACCGAUGAACACAAAGAAGGGAUAGUGGACAAGAUCAAGGACAAGAUCCACGGAGAAGGUCACAGCCAAGACGGCCAUGGCGAGGAGAAGAAGAAGAAGAAGAAGGAGAAGAAGCACCACGAGGAUGGUCACCACAGCAGCAGCAGCGACAGUGACAGCGAUUAGGU